AUGCUCAUUCAUGUGAACGGGAUUCUUCUCAAGGGCGGAGCACCAAGAGUUCCAUUCUUUUGUGACAAAACAGAACCGUUCCACACUCUAGUAACGUGGGGCUUCCACAGUUUACCUUGGGGCCCUGGGAAUCUCGCUUAUAUCAACAAAAGUCUUAGGUACUCAAGCAAAUCAAUAGAAGCUGUGGAGAAAGUUUCUGUUGACAUGGGGUUGAAGGAGGAAGACAAGGCAGAUAAUUCAGCUUUAUCUUCUUCAUAUGAUGAUGCCAUGGAAGCGCUGUCUACUCUUAUUUCUCGUCGAAACCGUGGGGACCGCUCAUCUACCAGUGGAAGUCGUGAUAAGCUUGAACAAGUCGUCGCAUAUCUCAAGAUUUUGGACCUGGAGGACAAAAUAAAAGAACUAAAAGUUAUUCAUGUUGCGGGAACGAAAGGAAAGGGUUCAACAUGUGUCUUCUGUGAAGCAAUUUUACGUAACUGUGGUCUAAGAACCGGAAUGUUUACAUCUCCUCACCUGAUUGAUGUGAGGGAAAGAUUCCGCAUAGAUGGCUUAGAUCUAUCUGAAGAAAAGUUUCUACAGUAUUUCUGGGAAUGUUGGAAAUUACUGAAGGAGAAAGCUGUAGAUGGUCUUACCAUGCCUCCUCUCUUUCAGUUCCUCACAGUAUUGGCAUUUAAGAUAUUUGUUUGUGAAAAGGUUGAUGUUGCUGUCAUUGAAGUUGGACUUGGGGGAAAACUUGACUCGACAAACGUGAUUCAAAAACCUGUUGUCUGUGGCAUUGCUUCUCUUGGGAUGGAUCAUAUGGAUAUAUUGGGAAAUACGCUAGCUGACAUUGCUUUUCAUAAGGCUGGGAUUUUCAAGCCUCAAAUCCCCGCCUUCACAGUACCACAACUCUCUGAAGCAAUGGGGGUUCUUCAGGACACAGCUAAGAAUCUUAAGGUUCCUCUGGAAGUAGUAGCGCCUCUUGAUCUUAAGAAGUUGGAUGGAGUUACGCUUGGCUUGUCUGGGGAUCAUCAGCUUGUAAAUGCAGGUCUUGCUGUUUCUCUUUCGAGAUGCUGGCUUCAAAGAACUGGGAACUGGGAGAAGAUGUUUCCAGACGGACGCAAGGAUACUGAGAUUCCUGAGGCUUUUUGUCGCGGUCUUGCAACAGCACGUCUUCAUGGGAGAGCUCAAGUUGUUCAUGAUGUAGUUUCAGAUCCGCAGGACUCGUCGGGGUCGAUGAAGACUCCAUGCGGUGAUCUGAUCUUCUACUUGGAUGGAGCUCACAGUCCAGAGAGCAUGGAGGCUUGUGGCCGAUGGUUCUCUACUGCAGUCAGAGGAAACAAAAACAUAUCUCCUGCUGUCAAUGGUUACCGGAGACAUGAGGAGCUCGGUAGAGUCUCCAAACAGAUUCUUCUAUUCAACUGCAUGGAAGUGAGAGACCCUCAAGUUUUACUUCCAAAGCUCGUCACAACCUGCGCUUCCUCGGGCACUCAUUUCUCAAGAGCGCUUUUUUCCCCGAGCAUGUCAACUUACAACAAGGUCAUCUCUGGCGCAUCAGCAAUUCCUUCAGAUACACGUAGAAAGGACUUAACUUGGCAAUUCAGACUACAAAAGCUCUGGGAGAGAUCAAUCCGAGGAACAGAUGCUGCGAUUGACCAUACACCGAAACCGGAUGGAAUAACCGACUUACCACCUCAUGAUUUCCUGUGUGGAGAUGCACCUCCUUAUGGUGGACCUCCAGGGACACAUGUUACUUCCAGCGCCGUGAUGCCUUCCCUUCCUUUGACUAUAAACUGGCUACGAGACUGCGUACGCCGAAACCCUUCGCUGAAACUAGAGGUUCUGGUCACAGGAUCGCUACAUCUUGUUGGUGAUGUGCUCAGAUUGCUAAAGAGAUGA